AUGACAGGCCACCGGCUGAGUACAGCAACCUCUGCAUCUAUCGAAAAGCUCUGCCACCAGAUGUUGUUUGUGGUGGUGGUGGUGGUGCUGCUGCUUCAGUUGCCACACAUGGUGUGCAAAGCAGAAGCUACCAAGUGCCCUGUAAAUGAUCCCAUAUCUCUUCCUCAUGAGUGGUAUCAGCCUGGGAACCUCCUCAUUGGUGGAGUUGCUUCUCAGAUCAUGUACCUUUUCCCCCAACUUUCCUUCCACAAUCACCCAUCUCAGGAGCUGGGCUUGGAUACUCCAAUUGUAGUGACAAAGUUCUACCAGCAUGUCCUGGCCUUGGCAUUUGCUGUAAAUGAGAUCAACAGAAACAUGAAGAUCUUGCCAAACAUCACACUGGGUUUCCACAUCCGUGACAGCUACUACGAUGCAAGGAUGACCUAUCGAACCACUCUGGACCUGCUCUUCAAAGUUCAUAAAUUUAUCCCAAACUAUGAAUGUCAUUUCCCGAAAAAUCUUAUAGCUGUCAUUGGGGGCCUGAGCUCUGAUAUCUCUUUCCAUAUGGCAAACAUCUUAAACCUCUAUAAGAUUCCACAGAUCCACUCAUUUCUCCAAGGCAUUUCAUUUAACAACUCAGCUGGAGAAACGGUGUCCUUGAAUAAUCGUGGGGAGAUGGGAGGUGGAUUUGACAUUGUGAACAUGAUCACGUUUCCAAACAUCUCCUUCCUUAGAGUGAAAAUUGGAAUGGUUUAUCCCAAGGCUCCCGAAGGAAAAGAAAUUACUCUCAAUGCAGAUAUAAUUGUGUGGCAUGAAAGUUUCAAUCAGGUUUGUCCCCUUUCUGUGUGUAAUGAGUACUGCAAUGCUGGGUAUCAGAAGAAAAAGAAGGAAGGCGAGAAGUUUUGCUGCUAUGACUGUGUUCCAUGCCCAGAAGGCAAGAUUUCCAACCGAAAGGACAUGAAUGACUGCUUCAAGUGCCCAGAGGAUCAAUACCCUAGCGAGGACAGAGAUGGAUGCAUUGCCAAAAUGAUAAGUUUCUUGUCUUAUGAAGAACCUUUAGGGAUUGGCUUAGCCUCGGUUGCAGUUUUCUUUUCCGUAAGCACAGCACUGGUGCUAGUAAUCUUUGUUAAACACAAAGAUACUCCCAUUGUCAAAGCAAACAACCGGGACCUCACAUUUAUUCUGCUUGUCUCUCUCGUCCUCUGCUUCCUCUGUUCUUUGCCAUUCCUUGGACAACCCAAUAAUGUGACCUGCAUUCUCCGGCAACCAGCUUUUGGCAUCAUCUUCUCUGUGGUUAUUUCUUGUGUGAUGGCUAAAACCAUCACUGUUGUGGUCGCUUUCAUGGCCACCAAACCAGGAUCCAGCAUGAGGAAGUGGGUGGGGAAAAGACUGGCCAACUCCAUUAUCUUUUCUUGCACCCUCAUUCAAUCAGGAAUUUGUGUUUUGUGGUUGGCAAACUUCUCUCCAUUCCCAGAUCUGGACAUGCAUUCUCAGAGCAAAGAGAUCAUUGCAUUAUGCAAUGAAGGAUCUGUCCUCAUGUUUUAUUUAGUUCUGGGCUUCAUGGGAUUUCUGGCCAUCAUCAGCUUCACAGUGGCUUUCUUUGCUAGAAAGCUGCCAGACACUUUUAAUGAAGCCAAGUUCAUCACUUUCAGUAUGCUGUUGUUUUGCAGUGUUUGGCUGACUUUUGUUCCAACUUACCUGAGCACCAAGGGGAAAUACAUGGUGGCAGUGGAGAUCUUCUCCAUCUUAGCUUCCAGUGUUGGAUUACUUGGUUGUAUCUUUUCCCCCAAAUGCUAUAUUAUUAUUCUUAGGCCGGAGUUGAACAACAGGGAACAGCUAACGAAGAGAAAGAAUUAUUGA